UGUGUCACUCCCACUGCUGUCCUACUCCCUAGUUCAGACUCAUUUACCAUGUAGUGUGUGUGAUUCUCAUAGCAGCAGGACCUCCAGCCAGAGGAAGCAAACCGCAACAGUAAAAUAGAGAACAUUUCUCAGCUGUCUCUGCUUUCCCUCCUACAUGCUCUACACUGCAGAGCCUCCGGCUAGUAUGGAGAAGUCCUCCGACGUCCACCCUGGUCUCCUGUCGAGGUCCAGCACAACGAGGGAGCGGGAGAGGGGAAGCGGAGCCUCUGCGCCUCCCAGAAGUCACAGGCCGAGACCGUCCAAGGCUGGCCGGGUCCCCGGGACAUCAUCAACGAGGAAGGAGAGGCUGCAGAGCGAGAAGCCAGAGAAGAACGAGGUGACGGUGGAGCAGGAGACACAGGUGAAGGUGAGAACCACGGUGGUGGACAUAGACAGCGUGAGAGACAUCGAGGUCAAGGAGGAGAACCUGGGACUUCUGGAAGCAGCAGAAGAGCAGGAAGGUCUGAAGCACGACAACCUGGGAGUGUGUGAGUGGCUGCUGAUGGUCUUCGUCUUGGCUCUGGUUCUCCUCAUCCUCCCUCUUUCCAUCUGGUUCUGUGUCAAAAUAGUGAGGGAGCAUGAGAGAGCAGUGAUCUUCAGACUGGGUCACCAACUGAGAGGAAGACCCAGAGGACCAGGCCUGAUUUUUUACCUUCCACUGCUUGACGUGUGUCACAAGGUUGACAUUCGCCUGACGAUGCUGAAGGUUCCUCCUCACACGGUGGUGACGAAGGACUUGGUGAGGCCGGAGCUGAGUGCGGUGUGUUAUUACCAGAUAGAGAAUGUGACUUUAUGCAGCACAGCUCUUUGCAGUCUGACCACAGUGAUGCAGUCUCUGGUCCAAGCGGUGGUCAGAGACGUACUCGCCCAACACACAUUCAGCCACAUCCUGCUCAACAGGAGGAAGAUCGGACAGAAGAUACAAGCAGGUGUUGAUUCUGUCGCUUGCCGCUGGGGCAUCAAGGUGGAAAGAGCAGACAUAGAGGAGCUUAGUUUUCCCGUGGAGUUACAGCAGAGUCUGGCUGCCGAGGCUGCGGCCAAAAUACAACAACAGGUCAGAGUGAGUAACUAUACCAGCUUUUUCAUCAAAUGUUUUCUAUAUGUUAAUGCUGCCUUCCAAUAUGAUUAUAUUACUCUUGUCAAUUUCACUAAAGAUGAAUUCAACUCAGCAGCUUUAAUUUUAUCAAGACAGGUAGAAGUACACUCAAAUACACUAUAUUCACUCUAUAUUUAUAAUUAGAACAUGUCUAACUUUGGCUCAUCGCUGUUGUUGUGUCUAAAAGACAAAAGGUGACACCAAAGAUUGCUCAGGCUGCUUUUUCAGAUUUUCCGUCCCAAAGCACAGUCUUGGUUUAGCUUCUGAACUGAAGUUGACCUCAGCCAGUGAGAUCUCUUCUGCAUUCCCUGUAAUGUUUCUGUAGAGAAAACAUGCUUCCAACAGCCGUCCUUCUCUUUCUCCCAGGUGAAAGCGGCAGAAGGAGAGAGAGAUGCCUGGGAGGGGUUCAGGGCUUCGCUGCGGCUCCUCCAUCCCGCCUUGGUCCUUCCACUCUCCCAAGAUCUACUAAGCUUGACCCCUGACCUCUCAUCACUCCCACCCCCUCCUCCCCCUGCAGUGGAAGGAGAGGUUGGGACGACAGAGGGGGAACUAGAUACAGAUUCGCCAAUGAUGUGAAAGUUGAUCAUUGUUUAAAUGUUAUAUUUCACUCCCCUUACAGAAGCGAGUGUAAAGCAUUCUGAGCUUAUGAAACAGUUUGAGCAUUUUGAUCAUGUAAAAGUCAACAGCCUUUGUGACCCAUUAAAGAAGUUGGUAAUCAA